AUGGACCAACAGAUUUGGAUUUCCAGCAUGACCAACGAUGCCCGGUCAUCUAAUCACUACCACAGCUUAGCCCUCACCCAACCAGUCGAAUCUCCUGGUUUCCCAGGUAAUGAUUAUAUGGGUAUAUGCUCAGCCGAAGCUCUUACAGAAUCUACACGUGAAUUAAGAGAGUUCAAUUUCCAGCCACAUAUCAAUACAACCUUGCCUACGACCAGCACCGAUCGAUCAGCUGUUUCCAACAGCAGUGAUCAUCGUUCAGCUGUUUCCAACAACGAUGAUCAUUCUAAAGCACGACCACAUGACGGAUCAUCAUUCUCUUGGAGCAACGAUCAUCGAAAACUUCCACUCGGUGCACCCAUACAUCCUGGCACAAUCUCGUCGGUAAUAAACGAACAUCGAUCGGCCGAUCAUCGCCACCACUUACGGACAUCACAACCACAACCAGUCGAUUCUCCUGGUUUCCCAGACACACAUGCCCCUACGUCUGUAUUAUCAGAACGUGCGUGGACUUCGCUCCAAAAUUGAUGAUUUUUUUUCAUCUCUCAACACC